UGUUUCCCUCGUCUUUCGGUUGAGCAGAGCAAGCAAGGCAAGCCCCACAAGAGCGGGCCAGAAUAUAAGUUUUGCACGCGCAUUCAAAAAGCUACAAGAAAAUACAAGUCCAGAAUUAUUUAAUCGGUUUAACGUGUAUUUUGCAAUAGUGAAAUAAUACAAGCAAGCAAGGAAGCAAAAUCUGGUAUUGUAGCAUCAAGAGAAGAAAUGCAUUUGGAGUUACAUAAGCAAAUGGCAGAGUGCAAAGUCAUUUUUGAAAUAAUCGUCUAACGAAAACGAAGCAAUUUCGUUCGUCACUUCACAUUGAAAUACAUUUCAUCAGCCAAAAAAAAGAUUGAUAAAUAUAUAUAUAUACAUAUAUAUGAACGAAGCUAAAGCAAAAGCAAGAGCAGAGUAACAAAUAAAACUGAAUUGAAUUGAACUGUCGAAUUUGCCAAAGAGAAAAUAUGUGCACGGCAACAAAACAAAGGCAGAAAUGUUUAAGUAUACGCAAUAACAGAAGCAACAACAGCAACAGCAGCAGCGAAAAGAACGACAGUAAAAAGUCAGCGCCUAGCAACAAGACAAAUUUAGGAGCAGCAACAGCCGCCAUGUGCAACGAGUUUCUCUGAUUUGCCGUUAACAGAGCCAAACUCAAACUCAGCCAAAGAUUGUAAAUAUUUAAACAUUAUAUAAUAUAUAAAUAGUACAAUUUGCCAGUCGCACAAGCAAAAGUAGAGAAUAUUAUUGUUGUUGUAACAAUAAUAAAUAAAAAUUAAUCGCAAGUCAAAAGAAGCACAAGCAACAAAAUGAAUACAAACGCAGCACCAAGCAGCAGUCCCGCAAAAUUCAACGUGUUUGCUCAUUUGAAAUAUGAGCAUCUGGUAGCCGGCGUCUCCGGCGGCGUUGCAUCAACGCUAAUCCUGCACCCAUUGGAUCUCAUCAAAAUUCGCUUUGCUGUUAACGAUGGCCGCACGGCUACUGUGCCACAGUAUCGUGGAUUGGGCAGCGCAUUCACCACCAUAUUCCGGCAGGAAGGUUUCCGUGGUCUCUACAAGGGCGUCACUCCAAAUGUCUGGGGCUCCGGCUCCUCGUGGGGCCUCUACUUCAUGUUCUACAACACCAUCAAGACAUUCAUUCAGGAUGGCAAUACAACGAUGCCGCUGGGUCCCACCAUGCACAUGCUGGCCGCUGCCGAAUCAGGCGCUCUUACGCUCCUCCUAACGAAUCCCAUUUGGGUGGUCAAAACGCGUCUCUGUCUGCAGUGCGAUGCGGCAAGCAGCGCCGAAUACCGUGGCAUGGUGCAUGCCCUCGCCGAGAUCUACAAAACGGAGGGUGUGCGUGGUCUCUACAGAGGCUUUGUGCCCGGCAUGCUGGGCGUGUCGCAUGGCGCCAUUCAGUUCAUGACCUACGAGGAGAUGAAGAACGCCUACAACGAGUACCGCAAGCUGCCCAUCGAUACCAAACUGGCGACCAGCGAAUAUUUGGCAUUUGCUGCCAUGUCGAAACUGAUUGCCGCGGCGGCAACCUAUCCAUAUCAGGUGGUGCGUGCACGUCUGCAGGAUCAUCAUCAUCGGUAUAGCGGCACCUGGGACUGCAUCAAACAGACUUGGAGAUACGAGGGCGCUGCCGGCUUCUACAAGGGUCUCAAGGCGAACCUGAUACGCGUGGUGCCUGCUUGCAUGAUCACGUUCCUGGUGUAUGAGAACGUAUCACAUUUUAUGCUGGCGCGGGGGAAACGCAGAGCGGCAGAGAGGCAGGUCACCAAAGCAGAUCCAGAAGCUGAAUCCUAAUGUGUUGAUCCUUGAACGUUUCAGCUAGCUGUUAUUUAUUAUUAUUUUGUAAUCAUAAUUCUGUCAAUUACUAAAAUUCACUACUAAUACUGUGUGUGUGCUAUUCCUGACUUAGUAAGUAAAGCCUUUAAGUCUUUAGAAAUGUACAUGAAUAUUACGAUAGUGGAAACGAUAUUCCUACGCAGAAUGCAUUGAGUUACAUUAAAAUAUUUUACACAAUUCUGUAGGAAAGGGUACACAAUGUAUCCCUUAAAUCUUUACCAAAAUGCCAGUGAGAGUCGUGCUUUAAUAAGACUAAGUAAGGAACAUUAAUUAUAAUUUUGUAUAACACAUUUUAUAAAUGGCUGUUAAUAAUAUAGUAAAUGUUAUAACAUCACAAUUUAA